AUGGGGCUGGAGAGGAAAGGGUCAGAGUUGGCUGCAGGCCGGCAGUGCGUGACAAGGAUGGGGGACGAAGGAAUGAGAACAGUGACGAAGAAAGUUUGUCCUCAGGGUAAGCUGUCCAGUGCCUUGAGUGCAUACUUCCGGUCGUAUGCCAAGGGGGCGGGUGCCGAGGAUGUUCAUGUCCCUGUGUUCCGAGCUCUGAAGCGCAUACAGAACUUGGAGCAAGUGCUCUAUCCUGGCUGUCACCGGCAUAUCACUCCGUCGCUCUUCUUUCCUCGUGUACAUUAUGUGGACUGUGACGAGAAGGUGGGUGAUAUAUACCGAGAUGCAAAGGCGCUUGACUUCAUAAACGACAACAAGGAGUAUACCCAACAAACAGUAGUGUCAUUCAGCCGAGGGGAUUUCUUCUCUUCUUCGCCUGUUGUGGAGGAGGAAUAUUUCGACCUGGUGAUCUCACUGAGCGCUGGGAAUGUGUCAGAACCGUGCGGGAGAUACCUCAAGGAAGGAGGAUACCUGCUGGUCAACGAGGCCCACGGUGAUGCGUAUCGUGCGUACCUGGACCAACGUUUUGAGCUGGCGGCAGUUUAUGAUGAGGAUUCCCAGCAGUUUGACACGAGCAGCGACGUUGUCAAGGAGUGCUUCCAUACGCGAGGAGGAGAGGAGCUGACGAAAGCCAUGUUUGAUGAGAUCAUGUUGAAACCCAAGUCGAGGCGGCCAAACAAGCUGAGAUUUCAAAGAGACGCCAUGUUCUACUUGUUUAGGAUGAAAGGCGAGGGCAAGGCGAUCAAGCCAGACCAUGUUCAACCAUCUGAGCUUCAAGUGCCGUCAAGGAUUCAGAAAAAACGUCGAACGGGAGUCCGAGGCUGUGAAUGCAACAGUGUCAGUUAG